GGGGAGUGGAGAGGCUGCCAGAGUCUAUCUCGGCCUCACCUGCACCUUCACCUUCUUCCCAGCGGAGCGGACGCUGAGUGGGAGAUUAACGCCUGCGCGGAUCGUCAUGGCCUACCCGGGAUACGGAGGAGGGUUUGAAGAUUUUGAAGUUCAUAUGCCAGGAUUGCAAAUAGAAGUUGAAGAGCCACUGCCAGGAACAGAUCCACACGUGCUCCCCGGUGGAUACCCUGGAUACCCGGCCUUUUCAGACAGUUAUCCCUCAGCUAGUGACCCCAUGUGGACUUACUUCACUGUUGUUGCUGGACAGGAUGGUGAAGUAGAUGCCGAAGAACUUCAGAGAUGUUUGACACGGUCUGGAAUUAGUGGAACUUACUCUCCUUUCAGUUUGGAAACCUGCAGAAUUAUGAUUGCCAUGUUGGAUAGGGAUUACACAGGAAAAAUGGGAUUUGAUGAAUUCAAAGAACUUUUCGCAGCUCUUAAUGCCUGGAAGCAAAACUUCAUAGCUAUCGAUCAAGACCGAAGUGGCUAUGUAGAGCAUCGUGAAAUGCGUCAAGCCAUAGCAGCUAUGGGUUAUAGAUUAAGUUCCCAAACAUUAACUACUAUUGUUAAACGUUAUAGCAAGAAUGGCAGAAUUUUCUUUGAUGAUUAUGUUGCUUGCUGUGUGAAGCUUCGAGCAUUGACAGAUUUCUUUAGGAGAAGAGACCACUCGCAACAAGGGUUUGCGAAUUUCCUAUAUGAUGAUUUUUUGCAGGGCACCAUGGCAAUUUGAAUUUCUGGAAUUUGAAGGCUAAAGAAAUUACUGUGAAUUCUUCUGUGUAGAAGAACUGAAUUAGACUAAUUUGAAUUAAAGCUUUCGGGUCUUUGCUAUGUUUCUUCUUGUUAAAUCACUUCUCUCUAUAUGUGUGUUUACCUUGGUGCACAGUUCAAGCAAUAAAAAGAUGUCUUUGUAUCUGGGAUAUUGCUGCUUUUAGAAAAGUAUCACUUUACAAAUAUCUGCAUAAUGUCAUCAAAUAUUGCUCUGUAAUUAAUUGAUGUAAAUACUUCUUAGCCUUAACUUUUAACAAUAUAAGCUUAGGGGAAUGUACUUACAAGAUAGAUUGUAUAAGAAGCUAAGCAAUGAAAGCCUAGAUAAAACUAAUUUAUAUUUAGUUGAAGUGUACAUGUUAUACUUCCAAAUUUCGUUUACAGUUGUUGGUGUUUAGGGGCCAGCCUGAAGGGGAAACCUGGAUUUUAUGCCAUGUUUUUGCCAGGGUUUGUCCCUUCAUCACAUAUUCAAAGAACAGAACUGCAUGGGUCUUUGCUUUACGAAGAAGAAAAUCAGAGUUCCUAAAAAUUUAUACUAAUUAGCCUUAGGUGGACCAUAAAUCAUAGUGAAAUGAGACUACAGGAGGCAUUGUUUUUCCCUUUUUAUUUUUUGCAGUGUACACUUACCUUCAAUACGUUUGUUAUCUUCUGUGGAAAAAAAAAAAUUCUU